GUUGCAUUGAUAUAAGAACGACCGAAAAUAAGUUCGUCAAUUACACGCUCAGAAAUGCUUGGCAAAAGUGUGAUUCUCCUUGGGGUUGCAUUCCUGUUUUUGCAGGUUGCAUCCGCACCAACAAACGACUCGUCGAAAACUUUGACCAGGGGCUACGUAAACAUCGAUGGAAAAGAAUAUUACGUAGAAUAUGGCAUUCAAACGAGAGCAGAUUCCAAAUUCAUGUGUGAAUUCAGGAACAUGAAACUUAUUUCUUUUGACGAACCCAAUCAAUAUCAAAGCGUCUCAAAUUGGCUAAUAUCUACCGGCUCAGAAUUUGACUACUUUUGGACAAGUGGAAUCAAACGCGAGGGCUCGACGACCUGGACCUGGGAAUCGACUGGACAGACCAUAUCCGACUUUAUCUGGGGAUUCAAUCAACCAACUAUCACGUCAGGAAUUGAAACAUAUUUGUGUUUCCGACCAAGUGACGGUGGAUGGGAUGAUGUCGAUUCUCCCGACUAUUACCUGGGCUCGAUUUGCGAAUAAGAAAGACAUAUUUACUGUUAACGAUUUUAAUAAAAAAACAAUCCUUCUCUGCUG